UCGAUUUAUCGAGUAAUCACAACAACCACGUCGUGACGUCACACGAUAACUAGUCCGCAACUCAUUCAGUCUUUGUCGGACUCACAGGGGACCGGCGACUCUGUCCAUCUAAAACACUGCUAUCGUAAGAGUCAGUUAAAACGAAGUAAAACAUGAUACUGUCUUCUUUCCUUCGUAUCGGCGCCGUUGUACUGGUGCUCCUGGGAAAUUCAGUUGGGGCACUGCGGUCAUUUAGCAUAGACUACAAAAAUUACUGCUUUCGCAAGGAUGGCGAGGAAUUCCGCUACAUAUCUGGGAGCAUCCACUACAGCCGGAUUCCCAGAGUGUACUGGAAGGACCGCCUGCUGAAGAUGUACAUGGCUGGACUAAAUACCAUUCAGACAUAUGUUCCCUGGAACUUCCACGAGCCGUCUCCAAGUCAGUACAUUUUCAAUGGAGACAGAGACCUGGAGCACUUUCUUCAGCUGGCCCAAGACAUCGGUUUACUGGUUAUUCUGCGGCCUGGGCCCUACAUAUGCGCAGAGUGGGAUAUGGGUGGCUUGCCUGCCUGGCUUCUCAUGAAGAAAGACAUAGUGCUGCGCUCUUUAGACCCGGAUUACAUUGCAGCGGUGGACACAUGGAUGGGAAAGUUGCUACCGAUGAUGAAACCUUUCCUAUAUCAGAACGGAGGGCCGAUUAUAUCCGUCCAGGUUGAAAACGAAUAUGGCAGCUACUUCACAUGUGACUACAACUACAUGCGUCACCUGUCCAAGUUAUUCCGGGGACACCUGGGGGAGGAGGCGGUGCUGUUCACCACUGAUGGCGCGGGUCUUGGGUACCUCAAGUGCGGCUCCAUACAGGGUCUUUAUGCGACUGUGGACUUUGGUCCAGGCGGUAACGUCAGUGCUGCAUUCGCUGCCCAGAGACAUGUGGAACCCCGUGGACCGCUGGUGAACUCAGAGUUUUACACUGGGUGGCUGGACCACUGGGGGAGCCACCACUCCACCGUUUCAACAGCCGUUUUGGCCAAGUCUCUCAAUGAGAUCUUGGCCCUGAGCGCCAAUGUUAACUUAUACAUGUUUAUCGGGGGGACUAAUUUUGGAUACUGGAACGGUGCGAAUAACCCGUACGCCCCACAGCCCACCAGUUAUGACUACGAUGCCCCGCUCACAGAGGCCGGUGACCUCACUGACAAGUACUUUGCCAUUAGAGAAGUUAUUAAAAUGUAUCGGAAGAUACCAGAAGGGCCAAUCCCUCCAUCCACUCCAAAAUACGCUUAUGGGGCUGUUCAGAUGACAAAGGUCCAGACAGUCAUGAGUGCCUUGGAAAUACUGUCAUUCUCGGGACCGGUGAAAAGCAUACAUCCAAUGAGCUUCAUUGAAUUAAAUCAGGCCUUUGGGUUUGUCCUCUACAGGACCAAGCUCCCGGUUAACUGCAGCUCACCAACUCCCCUUUCCUCCCCACUGAAUGGAGUUCACGAUCGGGCGUACGUGUCAGUCGAUGGGGUGCCAAUGGGAGUCCUGGAGAGGGACAAAGUGUUGACUAUCAACAUAACAGGAAGCUCUGGAGAUCAGGUUGACUUGUUGGUCGAGAACAUGGGCCGCAUCAACUAUGGAAGGGGCAUGAACGACUUCAAGGGCUUGGUGUCCAACUUGACAUUAGGCAAAGAUGUGCUGAGUGGCUGGACCAUGUACAGUCUGAAUAUCGAUGAGGCAGUCAGCAAGGGGCUCCUACAACAGACCAAGGUGCCAGGCUCCAGCCAGCCAACCAGCUUCUCCCUGCCAGCCUUCUACAGGGGAAGCUUCCUGAUCCCUGACGCCAUCCCAAACCUGCCCCAGGACACCUACGUUCAGUUCCCGGGCUGGAUUAAGGGCCAGGUCUGGAUUAACGGCGUCAACCUGGGGCGCUACUGGCCCUCCCGGGGACCCCAGGUGACCCUCUUUGUGCCGGCCAGCGUCCUCAGCACGGCGGACCCAAACAACGUUACGGUCCUGGAGCUGGAGGCGUCCCCCUGUACCACGGGACCCUGCGUGGUGGAGUUCACCAAGACCCCCAUCCUGAACGCCACUGUCUCCUCGGCCCACUGCCAGAGGUUGUUCCUCAGAGGCGGCUAGUUGUCCGGAGCUGUGCUCAUCUCUGAUUGGAUGCCCAGAGGAAUCAAUUUGCACUGUUGAUUUAUAUACAAUGGCACAGAGGCAGACGUUGAGCGUU